CGCUCGGCCCCUCCGCUGCGCUGGGCGCGGCGCGGCGCGGCGGGGGCAUGUGGCAGGGUCUGCCGGUGCUGGCCCUGGCCGGGCUGCUGGUGGUGGGCCGGGCGCCGGCGGGGCGGGCGGCGGCCUGCGAGCCGGUGCGCAUCCCGCUGUGCAAGCCGCUGCCCUGGAACAUGACCAAGAUGCCGAACCACCUGCACCACAGCACGCAGGCCAAUGCCGUGCUGGCCAUGGAGCAGUUCGAGGGUCUGCUGGGCACCAACUGCAGCCCCGACCUCCUCUUCUUUCUCUGCGCCAUGUACGCGCCCAUCUGCACCAUCGACUUCCAACACGAGCCCAUCAAGCCCUGCAAGUCCGUGUGCGAGCGCGCCCGCGCCGGCUGCGAGCCCGUCCUCGUCCGAUACCGCCACGCCUGGCCCGAGAGCCUGGCCUGCGACGAGCUCCCGCUGUACGACCGCGGCGUCUGCAUCUCCCCUGAGGCCAUUGUCACCGCCGAGGGCGCCGAUUUCCCUAUGGAUUCCAAUAAUGGCAAUUGUAGAGGCACCGGCAUUGAGCGCUGCAAAUGCAAGCCUAUAAAAGCGACCCAGAAGACCUACCUACGCAACAACUAUAACUAUGUCAUUCGGGCUAAAGUGAAGGAGGUGAAGACUAAAUGUCAUGAUGUCACUGCAGUAGUGGAAGUAAAGGAGAUCCUAAAAUCUUCCCUGGUGAAUAUCCCAAAGGACACUGUAAACCUGCACACGAACUCCGGCUGCCUGUGCCCACCACUCAGUGCCAACGAAGAGUACAUCAUUAUGGGCUAUGAAGAUGAGGAGCGCUCCAGGUUACUCUUGGUGGAAGGCUCCAUAGCUGAGAAAUGGAAGGAUCGUCUUGGUAAAAAAGUAAAGCGCUGGGAUCAGAAACUCCGCCACCUCGGGAAGGGGAAGCGAGAGCCUGGACACAGCGACUCGGCUCCAAAGCCUGGCAAACCCAGCAGUGCCCGACAAGCACGUAGUUAGAUGUGGAAUGCCGUACCUUGACUUGCAGUGGACUAUCUACCAAGACUUCAUUGUUGGAGCAGCAAAGGAGAAAUUGCACUAUUGCACGUUAUAUUCUAUUGUUUACUACAAAAUAAUGUUUUAGGUUAUGUUAGUUUUUAUUCUCCCUCUUGUUUUCUGCAUAUUUUUUUUUUUUUUAAUUUGUGCAAGCUCUGGAAAUAUAUAUUUUUUUCGCUGUUACUACGACCUGUAGAAAACUGCCCUUAUGAGACUGGGAAAGACAAGGAUAUGUACAAUUUACCAUUCUAUUUCUGAAUCUUCUUAAUGAGAAAAUUCAGAUGUAAGCAUGAAUGAAAUCUAGCCAAGACCAUUGCUUAAAGUCAUGGCUUUCACUGACUUCCGCUUUCACUCAAUCACUAUUUGCUGAAACAUUUUGUUGGGGGGGAGGUUGUUUGAGUGCAUAAUUUUCUAUUCUGAAAUAUAUA